AUGUCUAGCUCUGUUUGUAAUAAAGAAGAUGAUUCCUUUCCUCUACAUGAAUGUGUUUUUGUGGGCGACGUUCGUAAACUAUCAUCACUACUCAGAUAUAAUGAUAUUACUCAAAAAGAUAAACAUGGCAACACUGCACUGCACUUGGCCAUUAUGUUGGGUCGCAAAGAAUGUGUGCAACUCCUCCUUGCACAUGGUGCACCAGUAAAAGUGAAGAACCUAGCUGGGUGGUCGCCUCUAGCAGAGGCAAUUAGUUAUGGCGAUCGGCAAACAAUUUCAUCACUUGUUCGAAAACUUAAACAGCAAGCUAGAGAGCAAAUGGAUCGCAGAAGACCUGACCUUAUUAAAGCCCUAGCUAAAAUAAAGGAUUUUUAUAUGGAACUAAAAUGGGAUUUUCAUUCAUGGGUACCAUUAGUUUCCAGGAUAUUACCAUCUGAUGUAUGUAAAAUUUAUAAAGCUGGCUCUGGAAUCAGAUUAGACACAACUUUAGUUGACUUCACAGAUAUGAAAUGGGAAAGAGGUGAUAUUUCUUUUAUUUUUCAAGGAGAAAAGCCACCAGGUGAGGCAUUAACUGUUUUAGAUAAUAAAGCUAAAGUAUAUCAGAGAGUGCGUUAUGAAGAAACAGAAAAUGAAAUUGAGGAUGAAGUAGACAUUUUGAUGUCAAGUGAUAUUCUUGCUGCACAGAUGUCUACCAAAGGUAUUUUAUUUUCAAGGGCCCAGUCAGGUUGGAUAUUCCGUGAAGAUCGUAAAGAAACUGUUGCUGGCCUAUAUAAAAGUGAUAUUUACACUAUAACUGGGUUAGUGUUAGAAUCUCGUAAAAGAAGAGAACAUUUAUCUACAGACGAUUUGCAGAAAAAUAAAGCAAUUAUAGAAAGUUUAACAAAAGGUAAUACACAGAACUUGGACACAAAUGGAGAGCCAACUCGUCGUGCAUCGUUAAAUCCUCCACCUGAAAGUGGAGUAGACUGGGAAACAUACAUAUCAUCUCCUCCUGGACAGUAUCCCAGUUUGGGUAGAGAGCUAGUUUACAAAGAGUCAUCUAGAAACUUCCGGGCCACUAUUGCCAUGAGUGAUGAAUUCCCUUUAAGUGUGGAUAUGUUACUUAAUGUUUUGGAAGUGAUAGCACCAUUUAAACACUUUGCUAAAUUGCGGCAAUUUGUAGCUAUGAAGUUACCUAAAGGAUUUCCAGUCAAAAUAGACAUACCCAUUUUGCCAACAGUUACAGCAAAAAUAACCUUUCAGAAAUUUGAUUUCCGUGAAAAUAUACUUCCAGAUAUGUUUAUAAUACCUGAGGAUUAUACAGAAGAUCCUUUACGUUUCCCUGACUUAUGA